AUGUUGGAGCUCCCUGAGGCAUUCGAAACUCCAGCCUUCCAAGCCUCAAUCUGUCGAUUUGUUCAUCUCCUCACAUCGAGAGCCCGUUGCUCUUCAACGAUCACGACGCGGUGCAAUUUGAGGGCAGCGCUGACGGCUCGAUUGAUGCACAUGAUACGGCAAUGCGUCUCCCACCGUGGUAUUCCCUGUUACCGUCUUGCCGUGCGAAGGGUUGAACUCACAGAACCAUUCCAUCACCCGAGCCCCCGGCCGCUCGGGAGGAAGAAUUGGUCGACUUCGGAUGAGGCCAAAUCAAAGCGCGCGGCAAUGCGGAAGGGCGGCGCACCUCCGCCGGAACAUGAGGAUUGGGAAUUGACUGUGGGCAUUGAAAUACACGCGCAAUUGGAUACGGAUGCGAAGCUAUUUUCAAGAGCCUCCGCAGCCCUUGACGAUGUUCCAAACUCGAACAUAGCACUCUUCGAUAUUGCGCUUCCAGGAAGCCAACCGCUGUUCCAGCCGUCUACCUUGAUACCAGCAAUCCGUGCCGCCAUUGCCCUAAAUUGCGACAUCCAGCGAAUACGGGGACAACGAAUAUAUGAGCUUACACAUCGUCUAAUAGAACCGUAUGCGAAAAACGGGAGCAUCUGGUUAGGAGCACACGAUGGCAUCGCUAAAGAAGACGGGGAAGGUGUUCAAAUUGGUAUAAAACAGAUACAGAUGGAACAGGAUACAGCCAAAUCGCAGGAACUUCCAUCCUCCACCUACCUCCUCGACUUCAACCGCGUCUCACGUCCUCUUAUUGAAAUUAUCACACUACCGCAGAUCCACUCUGCAACAACCGCCGCGGCCUGCGUUAGGAAAAUCCAGGCGAUACUCCAGUCCGUUGGAGCAGUUACAACAGGUAUGGAAAUGGGAGGCCUUAGGGCGGAUGUGAACGUAUCAGUAAGAAAACGGAGCGAAGCAGCUGGCGACCAUCAAUACGAUGGGGUAGCGGGGCUCGGUCAACGAACCGAAAUUAAAAACCUAAGCAGUUUUAAAGCUGUCGAAUAUGCUAUCAUCGCAGAACGCGACCGUCAAAUCGCGGUACUCAAAGCAGGUGGCACCAUUCAAGGCGAGACACGAGGCUGGACACUUGGCAGCACCGAAACCCGGAAACUUCGAGGUAAAGAGGGGGAAGUCGACUAUCGUUAUAUGCCGGAUCCCGAUCUGGGGCCAGUGAUAAUCGGAGACGACGUAAUUUCUGACCUCAGAAGGAAUAUUCCAGUACUACCUGACGAGCUCCUGCAGAUGCUUGUUCAAGAUCCAAAGUACGGAUUGUCCACAGUUGACGCCAAGACCUUAAUUGAGCUUGAUGACGGACAGCGGCUAGAAUAUUACCAAGACGCAGUUGAAAUCCUCAUCACCCUUCAACCAGACCUGUCUGCCGAUUUCUCAGCGGGAAAGGUGGUUGGCAAUUGGGUCCUCCAUGAACUCGGCGGCCUACUGACUAAAUCGAGCGCACACUGGGAUUCCCAGCGGGUUCCCGCACAAAGCCUAGCGGAAAUUAUAAACCUCCUCUCGCGCAAAAACAUCACCAGCAGCUCGGCAAAGUCUCUUCUUGCAAUGGCGUUCGACGGCGACAAGAGAUCUAUUUCUCAGAUUGUAGAGGACAAAAAUCUCCUUUUCCAAAGCCUUUCCCGCCAUGAAUACAUUGCGCUGGCGGAGGAAGUCAUGCGCCAGAACCCGAAGAUGGUCAGCGAAAUUCGCGAGAAAGGGCAACUGGGCAAGAUGGGUUGGUUUGUUGGCCAGAUCAAGCGGAUCGGCGACCCGAACAGAGUGGAGGCGCAAAAGGCGGAGGAGAUUUUACGAGAGCUUAUUCUCAAGUGAUUAAUAUCUGCUCGAUCCGCUGUCGGGAUUAGUAGCGUGGCGAGCAGAGGGCCCGGUUAUAUAUAUAUGUACUGUACAAUAGGAGAAAAAAAGUAACCAUCAUAAAUAUAAACAGCCUCACGUUUGCGUUUGCUCU